CUGAUGGGUGACUCAAACCCACUCCUCUCCCUUGAUGAAGACCCCGUGGCUGUGGAAGCCUUGCUCCGGAACGUGUUUGAGAUUGUUGUGGAUGAGGCCAUUCAGAAAGGGAGCAGUGCCUCUGAGAAGGUCUGCCAGUGGAAGGAGCCAGAGGAGCUGAAGCAGCUGCUAGACUUGGAGCUGCGGAGCCAGGGGGAGUCGCAAGAGCAGAUCCUGGAGCGGUGUCGGGCUGUGAUUCACUACAGUGUCAAGACUAGUCACCCUCGGUUCUUCAACCAGCUCUUCUCUGGGUUGGACCCCCAUGCUCUGGCUGGGCGCAUCAUCACGGAGAGCCUCAACACCAGCCAGUACACAUAUGAAAUCGCCCCUGUGUUUACACUCAUGGAAGAGGAGGUGCUGAAGAAACUCCGGGUCCUGGUGGGCUGGAGCUCUGGGGAUGGGGUCUUCUGCCCUGGUGGUUCCAUCUCCAACAUGUAUGCUGUGAACCUGGCCCGCUAUCAGCGCUACCCAGAUUGCAAGGAGAGGGGCCUCCGGGCACUGCCGCCCCUGGCUCUCUUCACAUCUAAGGAGUGUCAUUACUCCAUCAAGAAGGGAGCUGCUUUUCUGGGACUUGGCACUGAUAGUGUCCGAGUGGUCAAGGCUGAUGAGAGAGGGAAAAUGAUCCCUGAGGAUCUAGAGAGGCAGAUUAGUCUGGCCAAGGCUGAGGGUACUGUGCCAUUCCUGGUCAGUGCCACCUCUGGCACCACCGUGCUGGGGGCCUUUGACCCCCUGGAGGCAAUUGCUGAUGUGUGCCAGCGUCAUAGGCUGUGGCUACACGUGGAUGCUGCCUGGGGUGGGAGCGUCCUGCUGUCACAAACACACAGGCAUCUCCUGGAUGGGAUCCAGAGGGCUGACUCCGUGGCCUGGAAUCCCCAUAAGCUUCUCACAGUGGGCCUGCAGUGCUCUGCUCUUCUUCUCCGGGACACGUCGAACCUGCUCAAGCGCUGCCAUGGAUCCCAGGCCAGCUACCUUUUCCAGCAGGACAAGUUCUAUGACGUGGCUCUGGACAUGGGAGACAAGGUGGUGCAAUGUGGCCGUCAUGUGGACUGUCUGAAGCUGUGGCUCAUGUGGAAGGCACAGGGCGGGCAAGGGCUGGAACGCCGUGUCAACCGGGCCUUUGCCCUUGCCCGGUACCUGGUGGAGGAAAUGAAGAAGCGGGAGGGGUUUGAGUUGGUCAUGGAGCCUGAGUUUGUCAACGUGUGUUUCUGGUUUGUGCCCCCCAGCCUGCGGGGGAAGCAGGAGAGUCCAGAUUACAGCAAAAGGCUGUCUAAGGUGGCUCCCAUGCUCAAGGAGCGCAUGGUGAAGGAGGGCUCCAUGAUGAUUAGCUACCAGCCCCAUGGGCCCUGGGCCAACUUCUUCCGUGUGGUGGUGGCCAAUCCAGCGCUGACCUGUGUGGAUAUUGACUUCCUUCUCAAUGAGCUGGAGCGGCUAGGCCAGGACCUGUGAGCCUUCUCCUUCUCAUAGCGGCCUUGACAAGGCCCCUCACCCUCUCUGUGCUCCUCCCUGUGCUCUCAAGAACAACCUUUCUAGGAUACAAAGUGGUCUUGAUGUUGAUAUGCUUUGACCCACUAACUCUUCUAACUUAAUGUUUGAUAUUAGGAGAAUGUUUAAAUAGACUGUAGUGUGAUGGAAUAUUAUUCUGCCAUUAAAAUUAUGUUUACAAAGAAAAUUUUUAUUGAUAGAAAAAAUGACUUUAAUAUAAUGUUAUGUUGAAAAGCUGGAUAUAAGACUUUAUAUAUAGUAAUAUCUGAGCUAUAUUAUAAAAUACAUAGGAAAAGACUGAUGAAGUGAAAUAUGCCAAAAUGUUAAUAGUUUUCCCUGGGAUAGGACAAUAGGCAGUUUUUAAAUCUACUCUUUUAUACCUUUUGUGCUCCCAACCUGUUAUUAUUGUAAUGAAUAUGCAUUACUUUUGCAAUAGGAAAAAAAUAAAGUUAAGCAUUCAACUAUA